CACCUCCCUGUUCUUCCACUCCCAGAGUUCCCCGCUUCUGUCUCUGUUUAAAUGCCAGCGUGGGAAGUGGGAUUCCUCUGAGUAAGAGCCAACUCCCUCCCAACCAUGUUUUUCCUGACUCCAGUCCUGGUAGCAGUUGUCUGCAUUUUGAUCGUGUGGAUCUUUAAAGCUGCUGAUAGAAGCCCAGAGAAAAAGAAAGGGGAGCUCCAAGCUUGGCCCUGGGUGGAUGAAGACUUAAAAGACAGCACUGACCUCCACCAAGCAGAAGAAGAUGCUGAUGAAUGGCAGGAGGCAGAGGAACAUGUUGAACAUGUCCUAUUCUCCCACACCCGGUAUCCUGAGAAGGAAAUGGUUAAGAGGUCUCAGGACUUUUAUGAACUUCUCAGUAAGAGACGGUCAGUCAGGUUCAUAAGUGAUGAGCGAGUCCCCAUGGAAGUCAUUGAUAAUGUCAUCAAAACAGCAGGAACAGCCCCAAGUGGGGCCCACACAGAGCCAUGGACCUUUGUGGUCGUGAAGGACCCAGAUAUGAAGCAUCGGAUCCGAGGGAUCAUUGAAGAGGAAGAGAAAAUAAACUACAUGAAAAGAAUGGGACCCCGCUGGGUUACAGACCUGAAGAGACUGAGAACCAAUUGGAUCAAAGAGUACUUGGACAGUGCCCCCGUUUUGAUUCUCAUUUUCAAGCAAGUGCAUGGUUUUGCUGCUAAUGGCAAGAAAAAGAUUCACUACUACAACGAGAUCAGCGUCUCCAUCGCCUGUGGCAUCCUGCUCGCUGCCCUGCAGAAUGCAGGGCUGGUGACGGUCACUACCACUCCCCUCAACUGUGGCCCCCGGCUGCGGAUGCUCCUGGGCCGCCCUCUACGCGAAAAGCUGCUGAUGCUGCUCCCGGUGGGCUACCCCAGCAAAGAGGCCACGGUGCCCGACCUCAGACGGAAGACGCUGGAUCAGAUCAUGGUGACGGUGUAGGCAGAAGCCUGCCCCGGAGACGCUUGUCCUGGCCGCUGUUUCCCUCUCUCAGUGCAAGCCUGUUCUGCACUGUGACUCACAGCGGAGGCUACCUGAGGACCAGCGCGCCUUCUCUUCCCUUCCCUUCCAGAGCUUUGUGUGCAGUGAGUCCUCCUCAGGCACGCGGGGAGCAAGGGAUCGGCAAGCCCGUGUGCUUCAAUUUCUUUUUCUUUUCUUUUUAGGUAGUUUGUUCGGAUCCUUUUUUAAAAUUUUA